AUAGUAUAUAGUGUGUGUGUGUAACUGUGCAUAUAAUAGAGAAAAUGAAUCCCCAAUUUCUACCGUAAUUUCACUUCUCAAACAACCGACUACUAGGGUUUUUCCUCCAUUAUUAAUUCCAACAUUUUAUCAAUUUUCUUCAUUUCAAUCAACCCUUUUCAUCUAAUGAAACAUGCCCCACAAAAACUCCAAUAAAAAUCCUUCCUUUUUCAAUACCCAAAUCUUGAAAUCAACUAUCUGAUGCAAAAAAUUUGGGAAUGGAUCCAAACCAUGUAGUGUUAGAAAUCAGUUCAGAUGAAGAGGGUGGUUGGAAUGAUGCUAAAAACAGGGGAAUUACUGAUGAUGAUCAUAAUUGGAUUGCAGACAUUCUUAAUGAGGUUAAUCAAAAUGAUUGUGGUUUCGAUGAUAAUGAUAAUGAUUCCGAUGAAGUUGUUGUUGUGAGUGAGGUUUUGCCUUCAAAAAAGAAGAAAAAUUUGAGUGUGAAGUCUUCAUCUUUGGUUGACUUUGAUGAUGAUUGUAUGGUUCUUGAUCAUGACCCUGAUAAGCCUUUGGAGAGUCGAAAUGAUAGUACGAAGAAUCGCGAUAAGGAGAGUGAGAAGGUUGUUGAUGAGAAUGAUGAUGAUGAGGAUGAUCUGGUUGUUGUUAGUGAAAAAGGGCAGGUUGCAUGUCGAGAUUAUCCUCAUUCAAGACACCUUUGUAUCAAAUUCCCUUUCUCGUCUACUCCAAACCAAAGUCAUUGUGAUCAGUGCUACUGUUAUGUUUGUGACUCACUUGCUCCAUGUGUCUAUUGGGGUGAUGGCAGUACCUGUCUCGACCAUUGUCAAGCCACCGAUAAAUACGACUUCUGGAAACUUGAGAGGCAAAAUUCCAAGGAUGCAAGUAAAAUUCUUCCUAUCCAACCUGCUUCAAAAGUUACGGAGGCAUCUAUCUCAAUCCGGCUCCCCCCUAUAAACCUGGUCCCACCUGCAGUCCACAAUCAUGUCCCUAUCCCAAGUCCGGCCCAUGCUUACCCCAUAUCUUCCAAUUUUGGAGUCCCGAACAUGAUUAACCAAACCGGAACCUCGUUUUUGUCAUCUAGAAACAAGUAUCAGCCAAGUUUAGUCUCCCAACAGUUAAUGAGAACAAGUAGUUGUAUCAUUCCAAGAGAGAGGGAACACCAUAAUUAUAACCUUGGGGCUCCUUUACAAAGACCCAUCUUUAAAAGAACAGGUUCAGGUGGACCUCUAACGACAAACCGGUAUUCUUAUAGCUCGUACCGUGACGAUUACGGAAACCCAUAUUCUCAGCCAAGUGUCGUCAGCACUUCCCUUCCAUUCUCUCCUCCAAAUCAUACAUUUGAGGAACCGCUACCUAGGUUAAACCCUACAUUUGACUUCUCGCCAAGUUUUCAACCUUCAUUAAAUCCAAUAUCCUACAUGGAAAGCCCGUCUCUGUUUCAACCUCAAGAGCAAUCUUCUUUGCCAGAUUAUUCCAUUCCUUCUGAAGCUUCCCAGCUAGUAAAUCAAGGUCAAAGAUCAACAGCUGAGACAAAACAAGCUCAAGACAUAGGCUGGUCUCAGAGUCAGACAACCCACCAACCUCCCGCCCAAAGCUCGAUACUUAAAGGUACUAGCCCAAUAAGUGAGCCCUCACUUGCAACUGAUUCUGGAGGGUUGGUUGAUUGUUAUAUUAAUAAUGAUAAUUGGUGGCUCAACAACCCACCUUGUGAACCAGGAUUUGUGGAGGUUCCUGACUCACUUGGGUUUAACGAGUUCUCUCCUGAACCUGCUUUUAUCGAUGCAGAGAAUGAAAGGCAACAUUGGUGCUGAAAUCUUAUAGAGGCGCAACGUAAUUGUGCUUUAUUUGAAUCCGGUUUGUUAUGUUUUGUUGUUUUAGAUGCAUAAAACUUUAAAUUAUGAGAA